UGACAGACGAAUGAAUCGCUAGUGUUCCGUUCAGUUGCAGAAACGAGUCAACUUCGGCUCGCUGUCAUUCUCUCAUCUCGAGCUAGACAGCGGACUUUUUGCAGAUCAAAUGUUAUUUUAGGACGGGCUGAGGACAAGAAAGAAGAUCGCUGUCAAGACGAGAGUAACUUGAGGAAUGGCUUCAUCUAAGUGUACGAGUCUAAGCGGCGCGCUGAUCAGACAGUUACUGGACUCGGUGGACAGUGUGCUGUUUGACUGCGAUGGCGUGAUAUGGCGAGGGGACCAGGCCAUCCCCGGAGCCCCUGAGGUUAUCAAUUCAUUGAAGAAAAACGGAAAGCGGGUGUUUUUUGUCACGAACAACAGCACGAAAACCCGAAAAAUGUACGCGGAUAAAUUAGGCAAGCUCGGGUUCGAUGCCACCGCGGACGAGGUGUUCGGGACGGCGUACUGCUCGGCGAUGUACCUCAAAAAUGUGUGUAAACUCGACGGAAAAGUCUAUUUAAUUGGGAGCAACGCGAUGAAGCAGGAGCUCGAGGAGGUGGGAAUCCAGCCGGUCGGUGUGGGGCCUGACCCCAUCUCUGGAGUUCAAAUCGACUGGGCGAAUGUUCCUCUCGAUAAGGAGGUCCAAGCUGUACUGGUCGGGUUUGAUGAGCAUUUCAGUUACAUGAAGCUCAACAGAGCUCUGCAGUACUUGUGUAACCCCGACUGUCAGUUCGUGGGCACUAACACGGACACGAGGCUGCCUCUGGAGGGAGGCAAAGCGGUCCCCGGGACAGGGUGCCUCCUACGGGCAGUAGAGACCGCUGCACAACGCCAAGCUCAAGUGGUGGGAAAACCCAAUAGCUUCAUGUUCAAGUGUGUGGCCAGCCAGUUCGACCUGGACCCUCAGAAGUGUCUGAUGGUCGGAGAUAGACUGGACACUGACAUCAUGCUAGGGUCAAACUGUGGCAUGAAGACCCUGCUGACCCUUACAGGAGUUUCUACCAUAGCAGAAGCCGAGGCAAACCAGAAGAGCGAAUGUCCACAUCGCCAAAGAAUGGUGCCUGACUACUAUGUAGACAGCAUUGCUGAUAUUUUACCUGCACUACAGGCUUAGUCAGAAUUUACUUGAGAUUGACCUACUUUAGUAGAGAAUAUUUAUCAAUAUAUGGGUGUCAGUGUGGAACAAAAUAACCUAUUUUAAUAUUACAGUUUAACAGAAAUUGUAUGUUUUUUCACAAAUAUGCAGUGUGACUUACUAUCAAGGCUUCUUUUUAAACUGGCCUACCUCUUUUUUUGAAUAUCCCACUGUUUUUAAAGUUAAUAUAAGGGCUAUAUGUCAGUGUUAUUGUUUGUUUUAUUGUUUUAUUUUGUUUAAAAAAAUAAUUUGUGACAUUUGUAAUGUGUUUUCUGAUCAGUAACAAUCGGGUUCUACAAAACAUGACCCUCAAAAUUGUGCUGUUUGUUUUUAUUUUAUUAGAAGUACUUGUUCAACUCUACUGUUAAUUCACUUUACUUGUAACAUAAGUGAGAAAAUGUUAUACAUUUUUGUAAUUAUUAUAUUUUGCACUUAAAUAAUAGCUUUGUCGUCACUCUUUAACCCAUCAACCUGGUAGGAUUUUACUUCUCACUGCGGUUUGAACAAAGUGUUCAUCUGACUGAUCAAAUAAAAAUGAAUUAUUAAUUAAAA